UGAAAGUUUCCAUACUAAUUAAAGCGGAUAGGGACCAGAAGUGCCACAUCACAAUGUAUACGGAGUACAAACGGAUCAAAAUGAACUUUGUUGUUUUUGCAUUAAAUGUAGCGGCUUCAGUUGUCUGGGCUGCCCCACCACGACGUUGCGAACCCGGGGACGAGAUUUUAGGAAGAUGCAAAGCAGAAGACAAAGCGCGAUGCACGGACGUGAUGCUGAGCUACUGCGAGGACAUGCCGUACUCCCACACCAUCUUCCCCAACAUCCUGGACCACCGGAGCCGGCAGGAGGCGGAGCAGGGCACGGAGUACCUGCUGCUGAGCGUGGUGCACUCGCUGCUGAACGGGGAGUGCUCUCCGGACGUGCGCAUGCUGGGCUGCUCCGUGCUGACGCCGCGCUGCGAGAAGGACCGCGCCGUCAAGCCCUGUCGCAGCUCGUGCGAGGCUCUGCGCAACAGCUGUGAACGCGCCUUCGAGGGCAUCGAGAUGGCCUGGCCCUACUUCCUGGACUGCGACCGCUUCUUCGUCAGCGACGAGGAGGGCUGCUACGACCCGCUGGAGGGCCUGAGAGAGAAACAAGAUGCCACCCUAGCCAGCGUGGCCCCAGAGGAGCCAGCCACCAUCAUCCAGUUCAUCUACCACACCAACGCGCAGAUGAUCAACAUCCUGCAGAAGACGGCGGCCAUGUGCCCCGACAUCACCAGCACCUACAGCAUAGGCCGCAGCGUGGAGGGCAAGGACCUGCUGGUGAUUGAGUUCUCCAACAACCCCGGAAAACACGAGCUGCUGGAGCCGGAGGUGAAGCUGAUCGGGAACAUGCACGGGAACGAGGUCCUGGGCCGGCAGCUCCUGAUCUACCUGACGCAGUACCUGUGCUCCGAGUACCUGCUGGGGAACCAUCGCAUCCAGACCCUGAUCAACACCACGCGCAUCCACAUCCUCACCUCCAUGAACCCCGACGGCUACCAGCUGGCCUCCUCCGAGGUGGAGGGCAGCAACGACCCUGACAGCGACGAGGGCCCCAGGUAUAACGGCUGGAUCACCGGUCGAGCUAACGCCCAGAACAUCGACCUGAACAGAAACUUCCCCGACCUGACGUCCAUCGUGUACACACGGCGGAGAAGCAGGCGUUUCCGCACCAACCGCAUCCCCAUCCCAGACUCUUACUGGUCUGGUAAGGUGGCUCCAGAGACGUACGCGGUGAUGAAGUGGAUCCGGUCCAUCCCGUUCGUGAUCUCCGCCAGUCUCCACGGGGGGGCGCUGGUGGUGACCUACCCCUUCGACUUCUCCAGACACCCCCAGGAGCUGAAGUACCUGUCCCCCUCCCCAGAUGAUCAGGUGUUCAAGCAGCUGGCCAGGACCUACGCAGACGCCCACGUCUCCAUGGCCUCGAACAACACCGAGAGGUGUGGCGCCUCGUUCGCGAGCAGAGGUGGAAUCAUCAAUGGAGCAGAGUGGUACCACAUUGCAGGAGGGAUGGCUGACUUUAACUAUCUCCACACAAACUGCUUUGAGAUCACAGUGGAGCUGGGCUGUGACAAGUUCCCCAUGGAAGAGGACCUGUACGCUGGCUGGCAGGACAAUAAAGAGGCCCUGCUGACCUUUGUUGAGUCGGUCCAUCGUGGUAUAAAGGGAAUUGUGAAAGAUGAACAGGGAAAUGGAAUCAAAGGAGCGAGUAUUUCAGUUAGAGGAAUCAGACAUGACAUCACUACAGCCGAAGGCGGGGACUACUGGAGGCUGCUGACGUCUGGGGUUCACGUCCUGACGGUCUCCGCCCCGGGCUACCGCAGGACCAUGAAGAAGGUCUACCUGCCCUCGCGCAUGCAGAAGGCCGGCCGCGUGGACUUCGUGCUGAAGUACGCCGUCAUGGAGCCCCACCUGGACUACUUCGACCUGCCCGACAUGGCCAACUACGACCGCUUCGACCCCUACAACCAGUUCGAGCGCUACUCCCUGAGCGAGCUGGGCACCAACGGGGAGGAGCGGCAGGAAAAGCCCUGGUGGUGGGCCUACUUCGCCCAGUCGGGCAGCUCUGCGCCCACCUGGCUCCUGCGGAACUAUUAGGGCUUCGACAGACUCUCCGCACCCACCUGCAGCCCCACCUGUGUGUGCUUUGUGUCCGUAAUCUGAACGUGCCGAGGCCUGCAGUCUGUCCGCCCGUAUAGAGCACGGCUGAGAGCCUCACAACCAGACCCGGGUUCAAACAGUACUUGUUUUGGAUUCAAAUACUUUUCUGCAUUUGAUUACCCCGCUGAAAAAAAGAAUUAACAGCUCAAGCUAGGUGCUGAAACAGUUGGUAGCUGGUUGGCCAGUUCAGCCCAGCUCCAUACUCAACAUGGCUUGACCAGUUUAAGAAAUUAAACAGCUGGUUGCUGGUCAUUUCAGGCUGGUCAUAGCAGGAUUUUACAGCAGGGUAAACUUGCCUGGUUUAUCGGAACAAAUGAAAUGAAUCCUGAAAGUGUAAGUCCAGCCCAUCUGCUCUUCCUUGCACGCUCAAAUGCACCAGGCAAGAUCAAUAGAGCACAGAAAAGUAUUUAAAUCCAAAAUAAAUAUUACAUGAAUCCAGGUGUAAGGUACAUUUUUUAUCAAAAAAGAGGCUUGUUUUCCUCUGUCAGUCCUCGAACCUGUGCACAUUUUCAUUUUGUUUUAUUGAGCAAAUCUUUCCUUUAAUUACGACGCCAUUUAGUAUAAUGUGCUGCUGAAGGUUCCUUGUCCAUAUUGUUUUGGUUUGUUUUGUUUGUUGUCUCUUUUGUAUUUAUCUAUUCUCUUUUUUUGUACUGCCAAAUCAACACCCCAGACAUUUGCUUUAAUUGUAUUAUUUAUUAUUUUUUAAACAAACAGACUUAAAUGAAGAUGCCCAAAAAAAUCCCCUCGAAGCACAAAAGCUUUUUAAAUGUUUUACAGACUGCAUUGAAAGCACAUUGACAGUUUGAGACAGAAUAUUUAGAUGGCCCUCCUGAGCUAAAAUGUCCUAUUCCCUUUAGUGUACUGUAUAUUCGUGUCAUAUCAUGAGUGAAGCGUUUCUUUUCCCCUAGCUGUUCUUAAUAUGGCCACUGCAGGCCACUUCAUCUAAAGACGGAAAAAAGAGGGUGUUUUACGCGGUCGUGAUAAUAUAAAUGAGAAUUUCUCAAACACA